ACGACUCAUACAUUCACAUUCUUUGAUUGAUAUCGGUUUGUCUGUUUAAAAAGAUGACACAUACUUGUUAUAUGAUUAUAGCUUUUUUAUAUAUUAAUGUGACAGACGAUUUAUAUUAUUAUUAAGUAAAGAAGUGAGUUUCGCUGGCAAAUUGGAAUUCUUUUACAAUGGCCACAAAACCAGGUGAUGCUAAGUUUGUCAGUAAACUAGAUGAGGAAGGGAAGAAGAAAGCUAAGGAAGAGCUACACGAAUUAAAUGAUAAGGACACGCAGAUAGCAGUUGAAACAUUAAGGCAAUGGGUGGUGGAUCAAGACUGGUUAAAGUCUCCUACAGAUUUCGCUUUCCUUCUUCGUUUCUUGCGGGUAAGAAAGUUCAGCCAGCUUGGUGCGCGAGAGACACUAGAAAAUUACUGGAAAGGGCGAACAAAUAGUCCAGAAUGGUUUCGCGAUGCUGACCCAGCAGAUGAACUUACGCAAGAAAUCCUCAAAACAGGAUGUUACCAAUGCCCGUUGAAAUACGAUAAAAUGGGACGUAGAGUGGUACUGUUAAAGUUCUCUGUGCUGACAGUUGAUUUGAUCAAUCAAUGGACACUUGACAAAUUCUACAAAGCGUAUUUCCUUGUUUAUGAGUGGCUGAUGCUUGAUGAGAGAGUCCAGGUAUACGGAACAGUCUGUAUUGCAGACUACACUGACAUAACAUUACCUCUUCUGAUGGCCAUAACUAAUCCUGAUGUAGCAAAGAAAGCGGUUGUCUUCUAUAAUAAAGCUCUACCGAUGCGACUGAAAGCAAUACAUAUGUACAAUGAGCCAGCUUUCAUCGAUGUAUUAAUGGCAAUAUUCAAUCCAUUUCUACGGCAGAAAAUAAAAGACAGGUUCAUUACGCAUGGGAAAAGUUUUGUGAAAAUCUACGAAAGUGUUGGAAUGGAUAUAUUGCCUGACGAAUAUUUACCUGAUGAAUAUAAAGGAUCAUCAGACGGUUCACAAAAGAACAUAAUAGGCGACAUGCUCGAAGACAUGAUGAAACCAGAAUUUCGGCAGUAUAUCAAGGAUUUAUCAAGCGAUAAGUAUGGAGUAGAUAUGGAGAAACGAAAAAAGAACGACGAUCCUGCAGCUUCGUUUAGAAAGUUGAACGUUUCAUGACCUCAAUAAGGUCUUAUAGGCGAUUUCAUUUUCAGUUAUAUGUUGUAAAAUUGUAUAAUUUAUAGAAUAGUCUAUUCAACAAAUGACGUACUUGUAGUAGACAACAGAAUAGAUAAUUGAUCUUUUAAUAUGUAAAACUACUGGGUUAAAAUUGUUUUAGCUGUUUUUGUCCCUUCCAUCCGUCGUCAUUGUAUUUUAUCUUUUCGCCUUAAUGAAAGAUUGUUUCAUACUUGGAACAGAUGUUUGCAAUAACAAAACACUGCCGACAUGAUGUGUAGAAUUGAUGAAGUCAUGUAAGCUUAGUUAUGAUUCACUAAGCAAAAGUUGUAGCCACAGCGAUUCAAUGUCAAUGUUUCAGCCAUGUUAUUCAUCUAAGCUACUAAAUAUCGACAAAAACUCAUGUUUGAUUAUUAUUUCGCGUGGGUAACAUAUUCGCCACAAGACGAUUCAUACAAAUAUCAGGAAUAAGAGAUCAAGGUCAAUGUCGGGUAAACAGUUUACAUUGGUCCUGUUUCUCUCAUGUAUUUACAUUGUGCAUAUUAUAAGAAUUCGACCAAUUAUGACCCAAAAUGAGAUAAAAGGAUUGACCCCAUCACAAAAUUUUGAUAUAAAAUAUUAAUAGAAAAUAUUGUUUCUGUUUUCACUUUCUUUCCUAGAUUUCGGCUCUGGGUUUUUCUUUCAAAGGUUUGCUGCCUUUUACAAACAUUACAUUGAAUAGCCGAAUAAAGAUACUUGAACAUAUGUAGUCAAAUUACUUUGUUAGUUUGUUUGUUUUGGAUUUAACGCCGGUUAUCAACAGUAUUCAGUUAAUGUAACAUCGGGCAGUUAACCUAACCAGUGUUCCUGGGCUCUAUACCAGAACAAACCUGUGCUCCGCAAUUGAUACUUGUUUAGAUACUGGGAAGUUGUAUAACAUAGAUAGUUAAUAUUUUGUUACUUUAAUGGAAAAGCUUAUUUGCUUAUGCAUUAUUUUAUUUGACAUUCAAAUUGGAUGGGAAAAUGGCUUUGGUUAGCCGUUAAAACACUAAAAAGACAACUUUAUUAAAACAAAUCCCGAAUCAGUGAGAUUUCAUUCAGUGCUUACAUAUUAUGUAUCAGGACUACGUUUCAGGUAUUCAUUCUACCCUAAAAUUGCAUU